CUUGAUGUGUCAACCCAAACUUUCCCUUCCACCAAUUGUCAUCGCAUGGGGAGUCUAGGCCAUUAUUUUUUACCAUGAGUUUAUGACAGCGACAUUAAAAGCAAUAUCCGCUUCUUCAUUUCAUUCAUCAGAACCUCUACUAUCUCCAUAAUCUCUGAUCCUUCUAUUAUCUCGACCUACUUCACCACAUAAAAAAAAAAACAACCUCAUAAAUCAGUCAACCAUCAAAUCAUCAACCCAAUCAUGCCGUCCUCCUCCUCCUCCUCCAAACCUCCUCCCCUCCCCCUCGCCCCCGACCGCGCCGCCAUCUCAAACAAAAUCUCCCUCCUCCUCUCCAGCCGGACAUCCCUCCUCAAGACGCUCAAUCCACCCUCAUCAGCCCAGACGACGACGACCCAGCGCCGCCACCACGCCAUCAGCUCAGACGACAUCGAGCAGCUCUUCUCCGGCCCGCGGCCAAACGAAGGCGUGGGGUACGUGCCGGACGCCAAAGCCGCCGGCAAAGACGCCGCUUCCAAGGAGGACCGCAUGCUGCGCGGGAGGUUGUUAGGAAAGGGCAAGGGAGGAGGACGGAAUCAAAAAGGCGGAAAGGCAUUUGCUGCGGAGAGCGAGAGCGAUGAGGAGCCUGGGAGGAGUGGAUUGGGGAAGAGAAAGAGGCCGCGGAGGGUGGAAGAAGAAGAAGAAGAAGAAGAAAAAGAUGAUGUGAAAAGGGAUGAGGAGGAGAAACUGGCAGAUGUGGAAAUGGGUGAUGACAAGGGAGAAGAAGAAGAAGAAGACGCUGCUGCUGUGGUGCAAGAUGAGAAUAAUAGCGGUGGUGGUAAUGAUGACGAUGAGAGGGAAAGGAAUAAGAAGGAAAAGAAGAGGAAGAAGAGGCAAAGGGAAAAGCAAAAGCAGAAACAGAAACAAGCCAACUCUAGCUCUUGAAUACAUUGGACACUUGGAAGCCAUAAAAAAAAUGACAGAAGGGUGUUUGUAUGCCAUGAUGAAGAGAGGUCAUCUUUAAUAAGCUAGGUGAUUAAGACGGUAUAUAGUAUAUGCCAUCCAUAGAUAUCUUCAUGCAGACUUAUAUCAAUUAUAAUUAAAGAAUAGAAUGAACCCAUGGC